AUGGGUCGCUCUCUUACUCAUUUGUGGCAUGACAAGGCCAAUCUGUUCCACUUGCACCAGUCUGGUCCUUCACGAAUUACCCAAACAGAGAAUGUGAUUGAGAAAGAUACCAGUACCCAAACAACCGGCCAGAAGGACACCAAAGACGCCGUGGAGUCUUCUGCACCCGUUGCAGCACCGACUCCGUCUCACGCGUAUAAUGGUGUCAGCGAUGUCGAAGCAUUAACGAACGCAUGGACGACUCAGUCUCUUAUUGCGGCAUAUCUCUUUGCCUUCUUGGUCUUCUUUAUCAAUUCAUUGCAGCAGGAGACUACUAACAGUCUUUCACCUUAUGUAUACUCCGCAUUUGAGGGGCACUCCCUGCUCUCGACGACAUCAGUCCUAACAAGUAUCAUUGGAGGGGUCUCUAAAUUGCCCAUAGCCAAAAUAAUUGAUGUCUGGGGCCGUCCAGAAGGAUUUGCAGUUAUGGUAGCUUUGUGCACCCUCGGUGAGAUUCCUUCCUAUGCAUCACAGGAUUCUGGACUGACAUGUCAAGGUCUUAUCAUGAUGGCAGCAUGCCAUAAUGUGGAGACAUAUGUAGCGGCGCAGGUACUGUACUGGGUUGGAUACAAUGGCAUGGACUACGUCCUACACGUCUUUCUGUCAGAUACGACUGGUCUCCUGAACCGAGCCUUCGUCUGGGGCAUAGCUUCAACCCCCUACAUUGCCACUACUUUUGCUGGCCCCGCUGCCGCUCAACGCUUUUAUGACGAGAAUGCUGUCCGGUGGGGAUUCGGUACAUUUGUUAUAUUGACUCCAGUUGUAGCAGCACCAAUCCUCAUUCUGUUGUGGUAUAAUCGCAGAAAAGCCCGGAAGAUGGGUCUGGUUCAAAAGAGAGAGAGAAGCGGCCGCACAUAUUUCCGAUCAGCCAAGUAUUACCUGACCGAGUUUGACGCUGUCGGAUUAAUAUUGAUUACGGCAGCAUUUACUCUAGUACUCCUACCGUUGACCUUGGCAUCGUCCAAGGCUCAUAAGUGGCAAUCGCCUGCUAUCAUCGUAAUGAUAAUCGUUGGUGGUUUCUGUUUUGUCGCCUUUGCGCUGUGGGAGCGCUUCUGUGCCCCUGUUUCAUUUCUUCCGUUCGCGAUGCUCGCUGACAGGACUCUUUUGGGCGCUUGCAUUCUCUCCCUUGUUCUUUACGUGAGCUUCUACUCCUGGGAUAUAUAUUUCUCUUCAUACCUGCAGGUUGUGUUCAAUACAACUAUAAAGGACACAGGCUAUAUUAUGAAUAUCUACAGUAUCGGCUCAUGCUUCUGGUCUGUGCCUCUAGGACUAAUCAUACGCAAAGUCGGCAGAAUAAAGUGGGUUGCCCUGGCCGCGAUGCCCUUACUCUUCUUAGGAUCCGGUCUCAUGAUCCGUUUCCGGUACCCCAAUAGCCCAAUCGGUUAUGUCAUCAUGUGUGAGAUCUUCAAAGCAUUCGCGGGUGGUACUCUUGUCAUAUGCGAAGAAAUGGCAGCAAUGGCUUCCGGGAGCCAUGACACUAUCGCUGUUGCCUACGCUAUGGUCGGUCUUUCCGCAAAGAUCGGUGGAAGCAUUGGUUCUUCCAUCUGCGGCGCUAUAUGGACCAACACUGUUCCGCAAAAGCUCAGGGAAUAUCUUCCGGCAAAUAGCAAGCAACUUGCCCCUGAAAUAUAUCUAUCACUAAAGGUUGCACUGAAAUAUCCCAUUGGCAACCCAAUCAGAGAUGCCACUAUCAAGGCAUAUGGGGUAGCGCAGCGCCGGAUGCUCAUCACGGGCGUAUCUAUCCUUCCUCUUGCACUUUUCGCCGUUCUCAUGUGGAAAGAUAUUCAGCUGAAGCAGGUCAAACAGAUCAAGGGGAAGGUCCUGUCUUAA